UUGGGUUCAGACCACUGCAAGAAAUGGAGGAUCAAUGCAGUCCUAUUAGCUGGGAUGUCUGCUACAAUGAAGAGGGGAUGGAAGAGAUAAGACAUUCUCUCUUGUACACGACCUUCGAGCUAGAGACAACACUUGUUGCUGCUAAGGAGGAGAUUACAAGAAGAGAAUAUGAAAUGAUCCGUCUCAAAGACCUUUUGAGCAGGACCAUCAAAGAGAGAGAUGAAGCACAGACAAGAUGCCAGAGGCUAAUGUUGGAGAAACUCAUGCUUGGAAAACAACUGCAGCAAAAGCAGCAGCAACUACAAGAACAACUACAGCAAAAGCAGCAACAGCAGCAGCAGCAGCAGCAACUACAGCAAGAAGCUGCAUCAAACAAUGAAGAUGAAUCAAAAGGCACUGAGCAUUUUGCCUGCUCUGACUGCCAUGAACACAUCAUUGCGUCUCCGGGAACAGACCCAAUUUCACAACCAUUGCCAGAAGCCGCCUUGAAAUUACUUGCCGAGAAGCCGCUGCCGGAAAAAGGGAAGCUUCUGCAGGCAGUGGUGGAAGCUGGACCACUCCUGCAAACCCUCCUCCUGGCUGGACCACUUCCUCAAUGGCAGCACCCACCUCCCCAACUUAACUCCGUUGAGAUUCCACCGGUGGCCAUUUCUUCCCCUACACCACGCCUUAGCUUAAAGGGUUGUUUUAGUAACCAGUCUAAUGCUCUGUAAUAGCUCUGUUUUUUCUCCCUAAAAACACUAUUUAGUAGAGCACUGCUAUAUAACUGUCAUACAACUAGAACGACAUGGUAGUAAAAAUCAACCCUUGAUAUUUUUUACAAGCCCUUACUAAUCCAACGGUUGAUUUUCACUACCACGUCAUUCUAUUUACCUGGGGUCGUAUAAUAGUCUGCUAAAGAAGACCAAGUUGGGAAAGAUUGCUCUCCAUUUGACCAACACCUACCAUUCUUUGAAAUGGAUGGUUCAGAUUUUGUACACAAUUAUGUCUUAGAAAUG